UCAUUAGCGGUACAAAUGGUGAUGUGAUGAGCGCUGACUUAGGUGAUACCAGAAUCGAAGUCGACACCGCUAAGACAACACACAUGUUCUGCCACUUGUCCUGCCUGGUGGGAGGACGACGACGUUGUCUUCUUCAUUCAUCGCCGCCCGACGACGCUCGUGACCACUUACUGACGCGUCUCCUGUGCGUGAUUCGCGUCUCCUAAGAAAAAGCAGGUGAACAAAUAUCGGACGAAACUUUUCUCUUGGACGAACUUGUGUUUAUUCCUUAAAAACUUGAGGUGUCAGUCAUUGUGAGAUCAAAACAAACUAGCAUUAAGCGCCGUUCGAUCGAGGGAGACACUUUUCAACUUGUCUGUCGCUGAUAAACUUGGGGCUGAUAACAGCAGCAGCGAAGACCGACAGGAAGGAUGUCGACCAGUGAGAGGAAGUCUUUCUGCAUCGAGUCUCUCCUGUCUCGCGAAGGCGUGGUGGGAGGCGGAGGAGGAGGAGGGCGGGGGACACUGAGCCCGGCUGACCUGACCUCUCAUGAGGUGACCUCGCCUCCCCACACCCCGCCUUUAAGCCCCCUGUCGUCGCCUCAUUCGUCUCCGCUCUCCGUCUCUCCGGCUGUGUCCUCCUCCUCCGCGAUGCUCAAUCGGGCAUCUCUCCUCGGAGGGGCAGCUGCGCCGCUGAUGCCUCCACAUCUCUAUCAGUACCCGGGAAUGGGCAUGCCGCCGGCACUGCUCCCCGCCCAUGCCUUCGCGCCGACCAACUCGCCUCUACUGGAUGCUCAGGCCCUCAGCGCUCUCAAGUCCGGGGCGGCGGCGCUGCCACCAGCGGCUCUCGAGUGGUUCUCCCGGGCGGGCCUCAUGUACCCCAGGCUUCCGCCGGAAUUAACUGACAGUGGGCUUCACUUAUAUAGUAUGGGACAGCAUACUCUUCUGGGAAAGACCCGUCGUCCCCGAACUGCCUUCACGUCCCAGCAGCUUCUCGAACUCGAGAAACACUUCAGGGAAAAUAAGUACCUCUCGAGGCCGAAGCGUUUCGAGGUCGCCACGAGCCUCAUGCUCACUGAAACUCAAGUCAAGAUCUGGUUCCAGAACCGCCGAAUGAAAUGGAAAAGGAGCAAAAAAGCGAUGUCCGAAAACCGCAAAGAGCAGAGGACGAAAGAGGGAAAGGAAAACUCGACGGGCGCGAAAGACGACCGAGCGAAGGAAUCGUUCCCGUCUCCUACAGGAGUCACUGCAACGCCUGAGAAUCCUCUUCCUAACCAGGACUCUGACGACGAGAUCGACGUGCAGGACGACACUGUAGGAGGCGACGAUGUGGUCGAUGUCAGGCCAGAAGAACCUUCAUCCUCACCAAGUCCUACGCAAAUAGCGCCCUCGGGAGAGUCUGCCGUGCCUUCGCCAGACCCGCGUCGUUAUGACUCCCUGUACGACAGCCUCCACGCCCACGCAGCGGCUAUGCCCGCUCUCCACGUCCCUACGCCCGUGGUGACGUCUUCAAGUAGUUCCUCGAUGUUCUCGGGACAGUACCAACACGUCCCACUACCUGCGGCGCUUUUAACCAAACUCCCUCCAGACGCAGAGCACCUCUACAGACCCUACGUUUCGUGAGAGGAGGCGGAGCGCCUUCAACUGCUCCCCUUCUGUGGCUCCUCUCAAGGCAGAAGAUCUGGAGGUGUGCCGCUCGACGGCCAUCGCUAGUCUAUAGGAUGUACAGGAUGCUAAGUUAUGGUCAGGAAAAUUUCAAGGGCUGUUUCUAUCGAGAGCUUUCUCUCUAGCUGAGCAAUGCAUAGAAACGUGAAGUUUAUUUCAAACCCACUUGAAAAACAGAAAAUCAUCGGCAUACAGCAUUAUAUAAUUCAUCGACUCAUAAAUGUAAAAUUAUGGUGACAGAUUCCACUCUAUACGUAUCAACGAAGUUUUGAAAUCGGGUAGUUCUAAAUUUCAAGAAUAAAAGGAACAUUCAAAAUUUUUAAACGCUCACUUUGGAAAUUCAGAAAAAAGAACAUAUUAUUACAGAAAAGUGUGCCCCGAAAUGAACAUCAGAUCUGAAUCCUAAGUACUGAGGGGGCAGCUGAUUUGCAGUGCAUGGACGCACCUGUCACAAAGGCUUUUUACUAAAAAAAAAUCUUUGAUUGUGUCUGUCAUGUAUUGUCCUUCUCUGCUCGUCAUAAAAGUAGUCGGUAAACCUUAAGCCCUUACCAAUGACAUCAGCCGCUGGGACACGGUCCGCCUGAAGUGAUGCCUUCCAAAUAUGCUCGUCAUCCCUCCAUAAGGACGAGAGGGAAGCCAACCGGGCUUAUUUCAUGAUUAAGCAUAACAUCACAAGACUGUCUCAGUGAUUACAAGAAAAAAUAUGAAAUGAAGAAAUUCAGAAAGUGAUUCCAGAAAAGUAAUCGAAGAGAGAAUGGUGUAGCCGGCAAUGUGAGGUCAUUUGGUUGGGGCUUCUGAGUAGAAUCUAGCAGCACUGCUUUAUCUUUCUUUCUCUUCUUCAAGGCAAAGGUCGUAUGACAUCCAGGUCACGUCUUACGUUUCAACUCAAACCUCAACGUCGUCUUUUUCUGUUGCGUCAAUGAAGAAAUCUGUGCUAAAGCUCUUUAAUCCAGUUGAUUUACAAGAAUAAGGAUCGUAAGCGAUAUACUACUGCAAGGGAGCACAACGUAAAAAUGCAGCUCUUUUAUUAUCCGAAUAGCGACAAAAACCAAGAAUACUCACACAGAGGACAUUUCACGAAAAGGGAUUCAAUUCGUUUCACCGACGGGACAGAACUUUCGUAAUAACCAAAUGAGUCUAAUUAAUUCGGGAGUUCCGGCGAGACUUUAUUUAGACAAAUAGCUUGAUAAAAACUCUUCUAUUUAGUUUGCUGGCAAUAAUUAAUGUGGGUAAACACAACACUGGAAAUGGCCGGUAAAAAUGUUUCUAAGCUUAUCCACAUCCAUUUCAUAUAAGAACUUUUUGAUCAACAUCCAUUAUAAACUCUCGUGACGCCUGUGGCUUUUACCAGUGACUAUUUUACCGCUCCGAUGAAAACUAGCAUUUUUAUGCUAGGUAUUGAAGAAAAACUUCGAAUGUCCUAACUGCAUUAUAUCUCAAGGAUAUUGUUCUUCAUAAAUAUGUCCUAAAACCAACUUAUGACCUGGAAGAUCUGUGAUGAGUUAACGGUUUUUCCGGUAACCAAUAACUAGUCACUACUAUGGCAAAAACUAUCUUCAGUGAAGACAGAAAGUUACCAGCUAUUUUGAUUUUACAUUGCGAUAAAUUCGAAUUUAGUGAAUGACUUUUAUUUAUCACAAAGUUUGUAAGGCAUAAUUGUAAAGUUUAUAUUGAAUCGGUUUAAUGGUAAAGGUGCUCUCUUGGGUCAACUUCGCCUGUGAUGUACAAGAUGGAGGCACCAAAUUACCCUAACUAUAUGGGCAGAAGGUUCCUGAAAUUUGUACACGGACACGUAGCUUUAUACCAAUCAACUGUGAGAAACGAAAUUCAGGUCGAGGCAAAAUGAGAUGAGUUAUGACAGUGCAGAAGUUAGUGCAAUAAAGCUAACAUCUGUAACUGGUCUCAGCAGAAUAAUAUUUCAACGUAACGAAUUGCGAAAAAAUUGAAGCUUAUACAUACACUCAAGUUUUGGUUGGUGCAAAAUAAACAAGAAUAGGAGUUGUAUACCUUUCAGUGAAUUGGAAUAGAAGUUCUAUGCCUAUUAUGAUCUGGUAAAGCUGUUUCUUUUGUAAUUAUUGUCUUAGUUUUGUAUGAGUUCAGGGAAAUCUUCUCCGAACGACAAAAUUCCAAAAUUGGCCGCGGAAGCGCAGAAGUGAUUUCCUCAACUGACUUCUCGUCACUAGGUUAAAGAAAAAUCAUCUUUCUUGAGGAUACAAUGUUGUUGUUUGUGAAGAAAUCUCCGCUACGCUCUCUUGUGUAAAUAACCAUUCCUUAGCAUUAAGGCGUUCUUUCAAAUAUUUUGAUACAGUGACAACUCUUCUAUAUUUUUUUUGUGGUUAUAAGGACUUGCCACCAUUAUUGACCACUUCUUUCCACUUACUUAGCCUCAUUCCAAUUCCUUCUGGCCCCUUCCCUCCCCUCCCAUCCCCUCCCCGAGAUCCCGAAGACCCUCUUAAGAUAGUCCUUUGGCAAAGCGAGCGAGUUACACAAUUAAAUGUUGUUAUCUAGGUAAAGAAAAAAUAUUCCUUCUCUCUUUUCUCCAUUUACCAAUAAAAUAA